GCAGCGGCGGCGACGGAGACGGUUGCCGAGGCCACUGAGGCGCUGACCGGGUGGCCAGUCCGCUGCUGUGCCCUCUAGCAGCCCCUUAGCGCGGCCGGCAUUGGCCCGGCGGCAUCUGGCCACGGCGCUCAGCCUGCUAGUGAGCUGCGGUGGGCACACCCGGCCUCGGCGGUGGCGGCGGCCGCGGACAGGUUAGAGUGGGGGAAGGGGCAGGCGCGGGAGCAGCCCGGGGCCAGAGAGGGAGCCCAAAGCCAGGCCGUCUCCAGCCAUGUCCGACGAGACGUCGGCCACCACUUCGUACGAGAAGUUUCUAACCCCCGAGGAGCCCUUCCCGCUUCUGGGACCCCCUCGCGGGGUGGGCACCUGCCCGAGCGAGGAGCCAGGCUGCCUGGACAUCAGCGAUUUCGGCUGCCAGCUUUCCUCUUGUCAUCGCACGGAUCCACUCCACCGCUUCCACACCAACAGGUGGAACUUAACUUCUUGUGGAACAAGUGUUGCCAGCUCAGAAUGCAGUGAGGAGCUAUUUUCAUCAGUUUCUGUUGGAGAUCAAGAUGAUUGCUAUUCACUGUUAGAUGACCAAGACUUCACUUCUUUUGAUUUAUUCCCUGAGGGGAGUGUCUGCAGUGAUGUCUCUUCUUCUAUUAGCACAUACUGGGAUUGGUCAGAUAGUGAGUUUGAAUGGCAGUUACCAGGCAGUGACAUUGCCAGUGGGAGUGAUGUACUUUCUGAUGUCAUACCCAGUAUUCCCAGUUCACCUUGCCUGCUUCCUAAAAAGAAAAAUAAGCACCGGAAUUUAGAUGAACUUCCUUGGAGUGCAAUGACAAACGAUGAGCAGGUGGAAUAUAUUGAGUAUCUGAGUCGUAAAGUCAGUACGGAGAUGGGUCUUCGGGAGCAACUUGAUAUUAUAAAAAUAAUUGAUCCUUCUGCUCAAAUUUCCCCUACAGACAGUGAGUUUAUUAUUGAACUUAACUGUCUCACAGAUGAAAAACUGAAGCAGGUCAGAAACUAUAUCAAGGAGCAUAGCCCUCGCCAACGGCCUGCAAGAGAGGCCUGGAAGAGAAGCAACUUUAGUUGCGCAAGCACCAGUGGAGUGAGCGGGGCCAGUGCCAGCGCCAGCAGCAGCAGUGCCAGCAUGGUCAGUUCUGCAAGCAGCAGUGGGUCCAGUGUUGGAAACUCUGCUUCAAACUCCAGUGCCAACAUGAGUCGAGCACACAGUGACAGCAACUUGUCUGCAAGUGCAGCAGAGCGGAUUCGGGAUUCAAAAAAGCGAUCCAAGCAGCGGAAGUUACAGCAGAAGGCUUUACGCAAGAGGCAGCUGAAAGAACAGAGGCAGGCUCGGAAGGAGAGGCUCAGUGGGCUCUUCCUUAAUGAAGAAGUGCUGUCCUUGAAAGUGACUGAGGAAGACCACGAAGCAGAUGUAGAUGUUUUGAUGUAAUAAGGAUGAAUUUAUCAGCAUUCUUUCUAAGCAUUUAAGUAUUCUGUCCUUUUAUUUGUUUACAUGCAUCUUGACCAAACUUUUGGUUAGGGCUGUGCUGAUGUACCGUUAAUAAUUUAGGCCAGUGGUUCUCAGCAGGUGGUCCCCGGACCAGCAGCUUCAGCAUCACCUGAGAAGUUGUUAGAAAUGCAUACUACCAGGUCCCAUUCCAGAUCCAGUGAAUCAGAAACCCUGGAGGAGGGGCCCAGCAUUGUGUUUUAACAAGCACCAGGUUAUUCUGCUGCACGCAGCUCUUGUUUUAAGAACCACUAAUUUAGUAAAUGUUUUGACUAUUUAGACUUUAGGGUGGUUUAAGUGGGCUUUUUCAAGAAGUAGUACUUUUACAGUUUAGAGGAUUUCAAGGUACUGCUGACAAGUAGUUUAUUAUGUCAGUAUAGGUACAUACGUAGCGAUCAUAAUUCAGUUUCCUUUUUAAUGUUACAGUUCCUUAGUUUGCUUUUUCUAAAGGGCCAUAGUAUUCUCAAUUCCUAGUGAAAAUCCUUUUUUGAGGUUGUGGGGUUGGGGUGUGGAUUGCUGUUUACAAUAGUGCCUUCAUUAGGUUUAGUUCUGUUUUCAUUUGUUAUUAACUUAAAGGUGUAAUAACAGGCCCUAAUGUCUUUCCUGUUAGGUUUGUUUUUCACUUUAUGUAAAUUCAGAAUUCUUUUGUAAGUGAGGACUACUGAGGAAAUAAUGUUACUAGUAGCUGAACUUUAGACUUGAUGCUAUAUUGAUUAAUAUUCAAAUGGAGAAAGCAAUUAAGCAAAACAACCGAUUCUGCUUUUCCACUGCUUUUUGAAAUUUUAGGCUGUGAAGCUGUCUCAAAGGCAGAAACUAUGUCUUAAGUUCUUUUUGUAGGUCGUUUUUUUUUCCAGCACAGCUCUAAUUUUUAAAUAUUUGGUAUAAGCUUCUGGCAUGUGAACAGGUUAAUGUUCAAAGUUAACUAAAGAAAACCCUUAAAGUUCUCCUAAACUUCUCUAUAAAUCACUAGAAAUACACAGAACAGUGAGAUGUAGAAAAAAACCGUAGCUUGUUGGCUAUUAAUAGAAGUCAAUUUUAGAUGUGAAAUCAUGGAAUUUCUUUAAAUGUUUUCAUGGAGAGUUUGUUAUCAUGAACAUUAGGAGUAGUGUAAUUCCUUUUCUUCUACCACAUGUCUUUAAGCAUUCACGUGGGUUAAAGAAGAUGGAAACUGAUACUACUGACAAUCAAGCUGCUGACUUUCAUAAUUUUCUUUUUAUUGUGGAUAACUUGGGAGGUAAUCAUGAUUCUGUAGGAGUUGUAAUCAAUGUUUUUUUAAACUCUAGAAUCAGGUUGAUAGGAUUUUUACUUUUUUUAACUAUCAUAUCAAGUGACUCCUUAAGAAAGAGAUAGACUUAAGUUCUUAAUUCUCAGUUGAUAUAAAGGCUUAACCUUGGCUUACAAUCAUGUGUUUUGAAAACUUGAUUUUACUUUAGUUCCUUGAAGGUUAAAGGAUUGAAACUGAGGAUAAAAAUUGAUGUAUUGCAGCUUUGCUGAGGUCUGUGGUAUGGUAGAUUUUGAAGACUACCAAAUUCAUACUUAAAAAUUUUACCUAAAAUGAAGGUAUGUGUAUAUGGUUAUCAGUUGGAUUACUCCCUCUGACUUUCCUCUUACCCUUUCUUUGAUGCUCCUAACCACCUUUAGAGGGCCCAAAGAGAGCUUGGGGUUAGACCCCAGAAUACUUUGAGGAAGGUGGAAAGGGUCAACCUCAUUGUGUUUUCCCUUCCAAGUAUAGGAGGAGUAAAAGGAGAGAAGAGCAAAUAAAGCUGAAUUUUCUGCCUGCUCUUAGCAAAAGCAAAAUCCCAGAGAAUGACUUGUCUGUUUUCUUUACCUACUCUUCCAGGAAAACAGUCCACUUUUGGAGACCAUAGAGCAGCAUUUAUCUGUUAAAUACUUGGAAACAAUUGACAAUGACCAGUAAAAGAAAGUCCUAACGGGGUCAUGAUAAAAUAAGACCAAUUUUUCCACUCUCCCAACAAUCACAUAAUCUUAUUACCUUAGAUUUAACUUAAGUCACUAUUAAACAAGUUUACCAAAGCACCACAAAGCCAGUUUUAAAAGUUUAUAAAGAUUUGAGUGUUUAUAGUAAAGUAUGCCAUGAAAUUUUGUGUAAAUCUGGAUGCACUGUCUUUACAGUACUAUAAAUUAGAGAUUGCCCAUAAAGUUGGUUUAGAGGAGAUUGAAAGUAAUUCCUCUGAUUAAAAGAAAAAAAAUUAAAACAACUUGGGUUUGCUUGUGAUGUGGAAGAGGGAGAUUACAAAGUCUUUCUCCAUCUCUCCCCCCAUAAAAAAAAAAAGCAGUAAAACAAAAAGUUCUCUCGUUUUUGUUAAUGUGCUAUACUGUUUUUUUCUGUUUUAAUAUCUCAUGUAGAUAAUUCAAGUUGGAAUUCUUUCUUUCUUGGAAUAAGUAAUAAUUUAUUCAGUCUAGUAUAUCUCUGAGUUUAAGACAAAUCCAACUCAGCAUUUUUUCUUUUUAAAUAUAAACCUAAACUAACCAAUUAAUAAAAACAUGAGACUUAUUUGCUCCAGUGUCAGUUAUCAUCUGUAGAGAAUGGACACUGGAGCAAAUAAGUUUCUUCCCCCCUUUAAACAUAACCUUUGUUAACUUAGGGCAUGAUCACGUUCCCUCAGAUUUUUUGAAAAACAUUAGAGAUCUUUAUGUAAGUUUAAUUAUAUCUCAAUAAAACUGGAAAAAAAAGGAGCUCUUGUAGAAGUCUGUCAGUGCCCACCACAUGUAUGAACUUUGAGUUAAACAAAAUGGCAUGUCUUUUUCUACAGUUUUACAACUGAAUUAAAGUAUGGCAAAGUAGUAUAAUGUUUAGUGGACUAUAAAGAGCGAAUUCAUUCUGCCCUAACAAGAACAUAGAAUAAAAUAACGCUUUUUUUCAUGAGAGAGACUUGUCUCAUUUUUUCUUAGGUUGGGGCAGUUUUGUCCAUUUCCUUAGCCCUUUGGGUUAACUAUAGAUAGGUAUUGCUGAAUUAAUCCCAGAAACUGACUUGUAAUUUAAUGACUUUAUGAAUUGGGUGGAGGCCUCAUUUUAUUUAGCUCCUAGAAGUGCUUAGGAAAAAUUCCUAGAAACUACUGUAUAAAGGUAUCCAGAUUCUGAUGAGCUUUAAAAAUUGAAAUUUAUCACGUAUCUUCAUAUUUAAGCCAAAAAUGUUAGUACUUGACAAAUAUAGAAGUCUUGUUUCCAGAUUCUGUAGCAGAGACUUUUGUUCAUGGCUUACUUUAUAGCCUCAUGUGCCUUAAAGGUGAACUCUGUACUUUUUCUCAAUAUCAGUCUUUUUCAAACUCAAAAAUAAUCUAAAUAUUGUAAUUUGUUUUAUAAAAUCCCCAUCUGUUGGAUAUCAGUAAGCAAAAACAUUAAAUUGAACCAAUCAGUGGUAAUAGUGUAUAACAAAACAGUGACCUUUCAGAUCUUAAAUUUCAUUACAUAACUUCAUUUUUGGCCCAGCUAGGUCAUUGAAGAACACUGAAAGUUACCUUAAGUAGAGCUUAAUGUAUUCUCUCAUUUUUUCCCCUGAAAAAGGUCAUAAGCCAGAAUGCUUUUUUAAUGCCAGGUAAUUCUUAGUAUCUGGAAAGAUAAUUUUAAAGACAAAAGUAUGUCAAGAACAGAGAUUAUAUAGCAGCUUGAUUCUCUUAUUAGAACUUUAGGGAUUCUUUGCAUUCAUUUGUGUAAUAGCUGGAACACUCCCCUUCCCUUUAACAGAUUACCUGUUAGCUCUUCAGUCUUCAAGAAAUGUUUGCUUAGAAUUGGGAGGGGGUUACUUAAAGUCAGUUUAUAGUUUGGGACAGUUGAUAGGAAGAUUCCCAGUUGUAUUUCAAAUAUGGUAUUGGUGUUGAGCACACUGACAUUCAACAUGUCUAAACUUAGAGGUAAAUCUAAUCCUGAAAAGGACUGUUAGUUAGAAAAUAAGUAUUUGUAUACACAUGUAUUGUGGUAACUUUGGAUUCAUUUUAAGUCUGACAAAGUAAGAUAAAUUCUAUCUUUACAAUGAAAUUAUGCUAAGUGGGUGAGAAACAUCGGAGAGAUAUUUAGACCUAGGCGUCUCUGUCAGCAUAGUAUCUGGAACAUAGCUCCUUAGAAUUCUAGCUUAAUUCUCAUUUCUUUGGAAAAUAAUUUACUUAUUCCAAAGGCUUAGAAGGAACCCUGAAAAUUCCUCUAAUUUACUGGCUAUUAAUAGAGUACAGAAGUUGCAUGCUAUAGCUGCAGAUCUAACUUGACUCACUAAAAUUUUAUUUUCAUAUUUUUUCUAAUAUUAAAAUUAUUUAUUUUAAGCCCCCCUCACAAUUUUAUUUUAAAUUAAAGUUAUUAAUGUUUUAACCUAGAUCACAUGAUGGUAAGUUAAUUUUUAAUUUGACAUUCAUAAUGAACUCUGAAAAACUGGUUUAGUCUUCUCUGAUUUCAGUAUAUAGUAUUUUUUCUUUAUCGUCAGGUUUGUUACAUCUUUGUGGUCAGUGGAACCUGUGGAAAUCUGUGUUCUUUUUUUGUGGUGAGGGCUAGGGGUAGAAAAGAGGAGAAUUGCUCUGAUUAUACAUAUGCAUUUUGACUAUAUAAAGGUAGUUGUAGAAUUAAUAUGUAUAAAUGACAAGUUAACACUUACCUACUCUGACUUGUUCUAAGGAACAGUGGCCUGAAGCCAUGGCUUGUUUUCUGGAGCUGCUUGCUCUUCAAUAGUAGCUGACCAGUUGGAUUUAAGUUUGGACUUUGGGGUUAGGUUAUCUAGCUGAGGCUUUUAGGAAUGGAUCAGACUAUGUCUGUUCCUGUAGUGGAUCAAUUUAAUUUCCUCUUUGAGUACUCUAAUUUAGGUAAAGUUAUUAUCCAUUCUAAAUCUUUGUGUUGGGAGUUUAAUAGGACUAUUGUCAAAAGCUAUUAAAGAUAAACACAAGUAUAUGUAAAACAUUUCAUUUCACGGAUGGUUAAAAAUUUCACUUUUUUUCAGUUUCAGAGGUUAGUUAUGUAGCAUCAAUAUCAUAACCAAAGCAAGUAGGAAGUUGACUGGUUUGGAGAAUCUUCAAGUAGUCUUAAAUACUGUAAUGUAUCAGAUUGUUAACCAGGAUUUUUUUCCUGUAUUUCUGCUAAAUGUAUUACUAUAUUAAUGCACUUUUGUAUAUAUAACUGUCUUCUGUACAUUCUGUACUUACUACAGUGUAUAUAAAAGCUGUUUUUCCUGAAAGCUGUAAGGGAAAGACAAUAGCUGUAACACAGGUCGUUUCUAUUUUGAGUUCCUUCUUGUACUUGGAAGUAGUAGUUCUGUAGUUAAAUCUGAAUGUGUAUGUAUGGUUGUAAUUAAAACUGGCAAUGUGGCAGAGCUGUCUUUUGAAGCUGAAUAUCAGACUGAACAGUGUGUUGUUUUGGGUAUUAAAAUCUCUUGUAAUA